UCACAUCUCGUCCUCUGCUCACACUGCAUUUGUCUGAUUUGGCAGCCGGGGGCGAACCAGACAAGAGCCAUCGUUGGAUUUCUAGAAGAGAUAGACAAUGAGGACAAUCUGUUAAUCAAUUCAUCGUGAUUAAGAAUAUAGAGUACUGUAUAUUCCCUCUUCACGCUGUCUUUACAUUGAUAAUCCGAGUAUGCGCACUGAACGCCAUUGUCUACCAGCAGCAAGAGUGAGAGCGAGCGCGCGGAUAUGAUAGUGCAGGGGAGCGGCAUACAUUGACCCGAAUCUCCGGGAACCGGAGAACAAGUGGACUCGGACACACAUCGUUGGAAAGACAUACUGGCAGACAGACAGCAACAGUUGUCAUUGCUAUGAUCAGCUGAGUCAGUCAAGGCAAAAUAAUACAUGUAAAGGUGGUAGCCUACUGCGGAGAAGCGCGACUGUCGGAUACGUUUGUUGCGAUUUGUGUUUGUCUUCCCUGUUGUGAUUUGGGCAGGCUGUCCUGUCAUUAUCUGUGAGGGGAAAACGUGUUGCGUUUUUUUUUUUCUGUCAUUCGUUUGACACAAUCCUAUAGAUUCAAGCUUUUCUCGUUUGAUGUGAAUCAAAACAUUAAGUCGCUCAUGUUGCGGUCAGGGAAAUGGGCUGUUGCGUCUGUUAGUCAGACUUGACAACCCAGCAUUUUUUUUAGCUGCCGUUUUGUCUCUGGCAAAGGGCGAGAAGUCCACUGCAGACAGGCGUGUCGGGGGCGAUUCCAGUGACGGCUCGACUCUCUGCGGAGCCCCCGUUUCAACAACCCCCACCCAUUUUGCUCGGGUGCUUUGGAUGGGGGGCAAGCAAAGUACGGCAGGGCGGCCCCGGGGUGCUUUUCCCGGUGUCUCGACGGAUGACAGCGCAGUGCCGCCCUCGGCCCACUUUGGGCACUACCGACCGGGUGGCACUAUGGGGCUACGCAGCCGCUCAGUGAGUUCAGUGGUUGGGAUGGGCAUAGAACAUAGUCCUGCGGUGCCCUUUGGGUUUUAUACCCCCAGAGGAACUGGCUCGGACAGGGCAGGAGGGGGGUCUGGCACUAACGCUGCCCAUGGUAACGGCUACCAGGAAACGGGCGGCGGGCAUCACACGGACGGUAUGCUCUAUCUGGGAUCCCGAGGGUCGUUGGCAGACACCUUGCCCCUGCACAUUGCACCCCGGUGGUUUAGCGCCCACAGUGGGUUCAAGUGUCCUGUCUGCUCCAAGUCUGUGGCGUCCAAUGAGAUGGAGGUGCACUUCAUCAUGUGUCUAAGCAAGCCCCGCCUGUCCUAUAAUGAUGACGUGCUAGCGAGGGAUGCCGGGGAAUGUGUGAUCUGUCUGGAGGAGCUGCAGCAAGGAGACACCAUCGCCAGACUGCCUUGUCUCUGCAUCUAUCACAAAAGCUGUAUAGACUCCUGGUUUGAGAUUAAUCGGUCCUGCCCUGAGCAUCCUUCAGACUGACUGACCUUUGUGCUCCUACUACUCCUUCAAGGGCACUUUAUGGUCCAACCAUGGAUAUCUGGACACUGAAGUAACCAAAACAAUUAAACAAUCAAAAAACCUAUCAAUCUAUCAAGAAAAUUCCUAGCAAACUGAACCAAAAGAAGAACCAUCAAGCCAAUACUGUCACUUCCACAUGCAUUACAGAGUGCCCCUCCUCCCUGCCCCCUCUCCUCCAGCCCUAGAGACUGCGAACUGACAGUCGAGGCCCUCUGUCAGCCCAACCAGGCUGACCAUCCCUCCAGUCAAACUGCCUCACCAGGCCGCUUGUCCCCCCCCCCCCAGCCAGCCAGCCAGUCACCCCACCACAUGCCCUGGGCUCUUCCGGGGGUCUGGCGCCCUGCUCUGCCCUCUAUUCUGCCUCCAGAGUCUGGCCCUGCCUGGGUCCCUGUCACUCAUCUGGAUCCAGCCCUCCCAUGGCCUUCACCAGGAAGAGACAGAGGAGGAUGAAGAGAAAGAUGAAGAGGAAGGAUUGGGCUGGAUGCACCCUGUGUGCCAGGGAAAGGUUGACUCCCAGGACGUUGUCUGAACAUGCGAUAGAAGGCUUCCCCCCCCCCAGUCACCGGAGUUACAGCACCCAACCACUCAUUAGCUGGAGUCACAUGUGCUUCUCUUAAGUCUUCACUUUAAAGUGGAGUAGUGGUGCGUGAGGUGCAGUAUUGGUGGGACAGGCAGGGUCUGUCUGUGUAGGUUUCUGUUUCUGUUUCUGUUUGUGUUGUGUGUGUGUGUGGGAGGUGUCAGGGGUGUAGCUUAUGCUUCUAUAUGUGUUGGGGCACUGAAGAUGCCAGUCAAACUACACUUGUUCUGUGUGUGGAGGGGGUAUGUCGUUUACACUUGGUGGUGUGUGCUUGUGUGUUGUGGGGGACAGUUGGGGUUCGUUGGUUUACGUUCUUCUAUGUGCUGGGGCGGUGAGGAUGAUGUCAGUCACCAUACCUGUGGUGUGGUUGGGGUGAUGCUCUGUAGUGUGAGAGCCUGAUUGGAUAAAGGGUAAAAUAGAAGUCUGAGACAAUACUAUGUGUUUGUCUGUGUUUGAAACGUUUACAAUCUAGAUGUCCAUUUUCCCUGUGUGAAUGUAUCAUUUCUCCCUUUAUUUCGCUAAUGUUUACAGUUACAGAAAAUCACCAUGACAUACUCUGUCCUUAUUUUUGUCUGCCAGGUUUUUGCUGUGAUGGGGAGACACUGAUCAGAAUGAGUCAUUUCCCUGUAAGGGCCUUGAGUGUGUUCAUGUGUAUGUGUGAUGCCUCUUGGCCUAAGAGACUGUCUGUGCCCCAUAUGCUUUCUGCUGAAUUAGGUCAUGUCCUCUGGUUGUGUUGGCUGAUGUGACUUAUUGUACUGGAGGUGUUCAUGACCCAUCAACCCAAACAUGGCAGUCACAUUGUAGAGCUAUUCUGGGGUUACAACUUAUUUAUUCACAUUUAACAAGAUUUGUUUUUCCAAAUCUGUCAGAAAACUCACAUUAUACAUUAGAGGCAUUCUGAAGAAUAAAGAAUAACAGAAUGAUGAUUCUGGAAGAAAAAACAAACAAAGCUGAACAAACGGGUGAAUAUUUUUUCCAUUUGUGCUAAGAGUGAAAUGUAGAGAAUAGUAUUUUUGCAGGGUUAUCUGCUUCAUACCUGUGAGGGCACUUCAAAAACCAUUCAUUAAGCAAGCAGACAACCACCUAGCUUCUCAGACUGAACGAGGAACACAGGGGAGACAGACUACUAGUCAGUUAUGAUAUAAAAUAUAGAACUUAACGUCUCCUGCUAACUGUAGCCCUGCCCAACACUCUAAAAAGGGCCAUACCUUCAUUUCUUGCUUUAUUUAGUUAAUGUAUUUUGAUGAUUUUUUUCCAAGGAUGUGAAUGGAUGCCUGUUUGAGGUACCAACUACUUGUCUGAUGAUUUUGAUGUGCAAUCUGUGGGAUGAGUAAUGAUAAAUAUAAUAAUAAUAAAAAAUAAACAUGUUU